UCAGAAGUGCUUGUGAGUGCCCAUACUGCUUCAAUCAUCUGGAAACUGUACAGUGUUCCUGUAUGUAGAUUCGUGAAAUAUGAAGUGAAAUUCACCUUUUGAAUGCAGACAGAGCACACGUCAUAUAAGGAGAAUAUUGUGUUGUGGAUAAUGGGUGAAGCUAAAGUGACAGAAACUAAAUAUGGUUGAGAUAAUCCACAGAUACCUGAUUCUAGUCCCACCCAAUGAACUGUUCUUGUCCUAAAGGUCGCACUGACUUUCUCAUUAUCAAGACGGCAAAGUUUUCUGGAUAUAUCGUGACAUGUGUCCUAGAUAAUUUUCCUAACUGUAUAGUGAAUCUUAGAACGUUUAAAAAUUGUCCUACGGUUUUAAUUUUUUUAAAAUAUGAAAACAAAUGUCGCUUUUUAAAAUGAAGACAAAAUAUCAGAUAAGGACAAUAAAUUGAGCCAAGUUCAUCUUCCUUUGUAUAUAGGGAACCUUAAAUGGUUUGAAAAUUGUCUUGCCUAUUCCUGAAAAUAUUAGCCAUGAAGGCAAAGACAAAACGUCGAGUUAGAACAUUACACUCUUGCUAAUUCAUGUCCCACUGUAUAGUGAACCUUAAACUGAAAAUUGUCCUGCCUUUUUCCUGAAAAUAUUAACCAUGAAGGCAGAUUCUGCUUUUAAAGCGAAGACAAAACGUCGGAUGAGAACAAUACACUCUUGUGAGGAGUGUGGAAAAUCUUUCCGAGGCAGAAGUGUUUUACAGAUCCAUCUGCGUACACAUUCGGGUGAGAAGCCAUUUGAGUGUAAAUCAUGCGGGAAGAGCUUCAGACAGGUCGCUCAUCUGACCUCGCACAUGAACAUCGCUUGCGUACACAAGUCCAUCGAAACUCCAGCCACCAGCACCAGGACAUUCCCUUGUGACAAGUGUGAGAAGGUCUUCAUGUACGGCCAUGUCCUGAAGCAGCAUCUUCGGACUCACUCCGGGGAGAGACCGUACAUCUGUGAUAGCUGUGGUAAGGGGUUCCGGCAGAUUUCUCAUCUCAAUGAACACAGAAAGGUUGUCUGUGGCAACAGUCGUCUAGAACCUGGUUUUGAGUGUUCGUUAUGUAAACGUCGGUUCAGUUACAAACAGGGGUUGACAGUACACAUGCGAAUUCACACCGGGGAGAAACCGUUUGUGUGUGCCGUUUGUGGACAGAUGUUUCGACAGUCGGGGAAUCUUAAAAUUCACAUGAAGGGUGUCCAUGAAGAAAAACCUGUCAAAGCACAGGACCAUAUUCUGUGUAACACUUGUGGGAAAGUCCUUACAGGAAAGAGAGCUUUUUCUCAACAUACUAAAAUGCACACAAAACAGAAAGUCCAGUCUAAGAAGAAUACAAAAUGUGAAGCAGAACAAAACAUUUUGGAAAGAAAUCCAUUGUCUGUGCCAGAGGUCGUUAUAGUAUCAAAAUCUGAAGAUGAUGGGAAACCAUUGAUUAAAUCGGAACCUAUUCUUCAUCACAAUCAUAAUGUAUGGAAUUUUGUUAUACAGAAUCAGGAGGAACAGAAAGGGGUUCAGUCUGGAAACAUUACAGACAAAAAAGAAAUUCACAAAGAACAUUCACUUCAGGGUUCAACUCUAGAAGAUGAAUCUCAGGACAUCCGUAUUGAUAUUGCUGCUCAUGGAAAAACACAAAAGUCUUCCCUCUCCAAUGUUAAAGAUGACAAGUUUGAACAGAGCCCCAACACAUACAUUGCUGUCCUGAAACCAGCUAUUAUUCCAUCGUCUGAAGUAAGUCAGCUUGUCAUAAAAACUGAAGGUAAUGAUGCUAAAGAAUAUCCUGUUAAAACACACUGCAUUGAAGAAGGCAUUGACUCUGUACUUACAACGGGCCAAAACGAAAAGCAGAAACAUACUUUUGAGCCAGUCAAAGAAGGACUAAACAAUGUUAGAAAGAAUAACGCAAAUGGUACCUGCCUUUCUCCAACAAAUGAACGUGCUCCUGGCGAGAAAUUGGAUAUUAAAAAUCUUUGUACUCUGAUCAACAACAAUAAAUAUGUACCUGUUUCUGGAAACAGUGCUGCUGGGUCGUUUAGCAAACAGACGUUAGCUGUUGUUGAUUCUGCAGAAUCUACUGCUGGUUCUGGAUGUGUUCGUUCUUCUGAAAGUGUUGCUAAUAACGAGACUGAGAUCUGUUGUAGCAAUGGAACAGCAACUACGACAGACUUUAGGGCAGAAAACAAAGAUACAACACCUAAAGCAGUUAAUGUUGAAGUUUCUGUGACGGACCAAGAGUCUAGCAACAUUGUGCAUGUAGUGAUAUCAGAUGAGACUGGUUUAUCUUGCUCUUCAACAUCUGACAUGACCUUACAAAAUAGAAAUGCUGCCAGUGUAAAUGAAGACCGGCUACUUGUUUCUCCUGACAAAGAAUGUCUUUCAGUAUGCUAUUAUGACCAGGAUACUGGACAGCUUGUGGACACACCUCAGUAUUAUUGUAGUGACUUGGACACAGUCCACAACUCUCGUGUCAUCCCAGGUGGCUCGGGCAAUGCAGAUGCUAAACAUCGUGGACUAUACAUCUUAGCAAAGGCUGCUGAGAAGGAGCAGGUGCCAACAGUAACAGUUUAUAUUAAACAGGACGACGGCAGCAUUGAGGUUUUACAAGGUAGAGAGUUGAGUUAUUUCACUGACGAACAUGUUGAACAGAAUGAUGUUUCUCCUUCAAGAGAACAGCAUUUGAGUGAAUCUAUAGAUUCUGAUGCAGUGCAAACAGUUUCAGUAGGCGGUGAUGGAUUGUGUCAUAUUGCACUAACUGAUGAAUUAACUGUACUAAAAGUUGAAGUCCAUGAUGAAGAUGACUGUGGUGGUGAUUAUAUUGUUUCUAAAGGUGAUCCAGUAGAUGUUUUGCAUGAUCAUGAUGUUUUAGUUUUAAAGGACAUUAAAGUUUGUGACAGAAAUGUUGUCAUCAAUACCAAAAAUUCAUUUACUGAUGUGGGCUUAUUAGUGGAACCUGUCCAUAAAGAUGCUAACACUGAAAAUAAUGACCACUGUGUGGAUGAAUCUUAUGUGGCUCCUUACAUCGAUGUUCACGAAUCUGUCUUGCUUGACUUAUAUUUUACUAAAGAAAUAUUGAAAACUCUUGUCAAUAUUUCAGCGGUAGAGACCAUAAAUACCAUUCCAAAAGAACACUAUCUUCAUAUCACCACAUCAGUUGAAUUGACAGAUGAUAAGAUAAAAAGAUACCGCCUGCAAUUGAUUCCAGCUGAGCUUGUUGAGCCUGAUGGGUGGAAGGUAAAUUUCCAUUUUGAUGGAACGUACAUGAAGUUGUCAGAUAAACAACUGUUGGAUCCAUCACUAAGAGAAUUGUUGGCCCAGCAACUGGUUGAUAUCUACCAAAAGCUUCAAGUUGAUCAGGAGACGGGUAGUUGUGAGGUUUGUGAAAGGACACUUCCUAAUAAAAGUAUGUUGAUCAAGCAUCAAGAAAGUAAUUUAGAACCUAUGACAUAUAGAUGUUUAGCUUGUAAAGAGGUUGGUAACUCGGUUCAACUGUUCAGUAACCAGGGCUCUAAAAGGAAUUUAAAUGAUUUAAAAAAAAAUGUUGAUAAUGGAAAUUCUAAGGAGAGUAGGAGUGAGGAUGUUUCCUGUACACAUUUUAGUCAUGGUGAAUCGAAAAAGGUGUCAUUUAAUAACAAGUGGCCUGCUCUGAAGCAAAGAGAAAAUGAAAAAGAACAACAUUCAUGUGUUGUAUGUGAGAAACAAUUCCAGUUCUCGAUAGACUGUGCCAAUCAUACCAAAACUCACUACAAAGUCAUACAUCCUAAAGCGAAAAUACAUCCAAAAGAAAUGAAAAUUCUAAAAGAUCAGAAACAUGAUAUUGUAGAUGACCAUCAGCAUGUGAAAUCAAACAGCUAUGAGGGCACAUCAGAUGAUCUUGUGUCUAAAAAUCCAGAGUCUGCAAACAAAAUAGCUGAAUCCCAACCAGCAACUGUCGGAGCAGUUGAGCAAGAUGUGAAUGCUUUAAGUAUAUUUCAUGACGUGAAAGAUCCUGCAUCUGAUAAUCCACAUUCUGCUGAUGAAUUGUCUCUAUGUGACAGUGUUUCAAAGAAUCCCUUAUUUCCAAAUCCACAGUCCGAAAAUAAACUAAGUCAGUUACAAUUAGCAGCAGAAGUAUCUGCUAGACCUGCUGAUUUGGUGUCACAUGUGAACGUGUUCAACAGAUCUAAGGAUGAUUUGAAGGAUCUUGUGUCUCAGAAUCCACAGUCCGAAAAUAAAGUAGCUCAUAUUAGUGUGGCAGUAUCAACUCAUGUGAACUUGUUCAACAAAUCUGUGAAUGAUUUGAAAUCUGUGCGAUCUCUAAAAGAAAUAGCUGUACCAGCAGAACAUCCAGUUCCACAUCUGAACUUGGCAAACAAAGAUGAAAAUAUGUUUAAGGGUCUCCUAUCCCAGGUAACAUCAGGGUCUGAAAUUAAAUUAUCUCAGUUUAAGACAGCACCAGCAGCUGCCACCGUUAGAUCGGUCAGGUUAGUGCAGCAUGUCAACAGGCUCAAGAAACCUGAUGUGCUGAAGGAUGUUGUGUGUGAAAGUCCAGAUCCUGCAAACGACGUGACACAAGAUAAGAUGGCAGACAUCAGAUCUGAUGCACAUGCACUUCCACAUGUUGACUCGCCGAACAUUCACGACGACACUUUAAAAUACAUUGUCUCUGAUAAUGUAGCAUCUAAACAUGAAUUAUUUGAAGAGGUACCUGAUGCUAAAUCGACAGAUACUGAAUUUAAUAUAUCUGUAGAAAAUUUUGAAAUUUCUGGACAGUUAGAUAUAAAUAAUAGAAAUGGUAUAGAAUAUAUUGAAGAGUUGUGCAAUAAAAGUCGUAUAGAACAUAUGGGUGAGUUAAACAUAGAUUGUUCCUCAAAUGACAACUCUGAUGAUGAUGUUCCAAUGACGGUUACCAAAGAAAGUAACCAUAAUGUUGAACAAACAUCUGUGCAAAGUCGUAAAAACACUAAGUGUGUUAAACGCACAGCUAAAUCUAAAAAUGGAAGUCAGAUAGAUAAUGCUAGUGAUUCACGAAAAAAAAAAAAUUCUUGUAGUAAGUGCUGUAAGGUUUUUAAAUCUAAACAUGUUUUGAAACGACAUAUGAUUCAACACACAGGAUUUAAAGCCUUCUGCUGUGAAAGAUGUGGGCGAAGGUUUUAUCAAGCAUCUCACCUUAAAUCUCAUAUGUAUAGACAUAAACCAAGGAAGUAUCCAUGCCCUGUUUGUAAGAAGUCAUUUGGUUCAGAUUCAGAACUCUUGAGACAUUAUAUCUCUAUGCAUUCUAGUACUGAUGCCAGUAUGUCUCCAGAAAGUGUUAACAAUGCGCCAGCCAAUUUGGAGAAAAGUGAAUGUUCUGAAAGAGAUUUCCUUAAUGGACCAGUGAUCCUAAAGAAACGUGGCUUAAAGACUUACCAUAGUAGAUCAGCUGUGCCAAAGCAGCACAAUUGUCCAGUCUGCUUCAAGAUGUUCAAAUCGAGUGUCGGUCUUAGGCACCAUGUUCUGAUUCACCAGAACCUUAAACCGUUUCAGUGUAAUCUUUGUGGGAAGUGUUUCCGCCAGAAGUGUCAUCUAGUCGAACAUGGGUUGCAUCAUGAAGGGAACAGAAACGUAAUCUGUGAGACGUGUGGCAAGACAUUCGUCUAUAAGAAAUCGCUUAUAGCGCACCAGCGCAUCCAUACCAACACCCGCCUCUUUGCUUGUCAAGUGUGCCAGAAAUCGUUCAGGCAGUCGAGUCACCUUGCAUCACAUUCACUGACACACACUCGAGAGAAGCAUCAUCGAUGUGACAUCUGUGCCAAAUCCUUUAAGACUAAAUCGGCUCUACGCAGUCACGGUUUGGUCCACACCAACACUCGCCACUUCUCGUGUGAUGAGUGCGGGAAAUUGUUCCGUCAGUCGGGCGGUCUGAAGACUCACAGACUAACUCACAACCCUGUGAAGUCCUUCGAGUGCAAAGUCUGUGAAAGAUCCUUCUCGUACGCACACGUCCUGAAGCGACACCAACUGCUCCACAGAAACAUUAGACCCUUCACCUGUGGGAUCUGCCGAAAGUCUUUCUCGCAGGCUGCCCACCUCAAAGUGCACCAGCAGAUCCAUGCAGACGCGAGGCUGUAUGAGUGUGGUGUGUGUCGGAGAAGGUUCAACACCAAUUCGUCUGUUCAGACCCAUCUGGUAACUCACGUUAAGGAGAAGCCGUUUAGCUGUGAUGAGUGUGGAAAGACGUUUUGUUCUGUGGGAAGUCUGAAUCUGCACAAAAGGAAGCAUGUUGAGGUCUAUGCGUGUGGUGCCUGUGGCCAGGUGUUCACCACGAUGUAUGUUCUUAACAGACACAAGUGCAAGAAAACAAUAUGACUGCUCCAAUUGGAAUAAAAUAAGCAGUAUUUUAAAAGUCA